AUGAAGGAGCAUCUUCUAAAUCUAUUUGAAGAAAUGAAAAGCUUUGGGCCAUUGCCUAAUGUAAGGACAUACACAAUCCUGAUUAACUUUUACUGCAAAAUCUAUCAAGGGAUAGAAGAAGCCAAAAAGAUUUUUGAAGAAAUGCAGAAAAGACAGAUUAGUCCUUCUACUGUUACAUAUAGUACAUACAUUGAUGGACUUUUUAGAGUUGGAGAGGCUGAUUUUGCUCUGGACUUCAUUCGGGAUCUUAGAGAUAACAACAAGCCACUGAAUUAUUACCGCUACAAUGCUAUUAUUUUCCGAUUUUGUGCUACAGGUGAAGUAAAUAAAGCUUUAAGAAUUUUUGACGAAAUGAAGAGUUUUGGAAUUAUACCAGAUAUCCAUAGCUAUAAUAUUCUGAUUGAUGGAUUCUGCAAAAGCCAGAACGUCGAGAAAGCUAUAAAGUUAAUUGAGGAGAUGAAAGCUAAUAACAUAAAGCCUACCGUAGUCACUUAUAACUCACUUCUUAUUGGAUUCUGCAAAAUUGGAGCGAUGGAAAUAGCUAUUAAAAUGUUUUAUGAGCUUGAGAAUUCUAGAUACAAAUAUGAUCAGACUGCUUACAGGAGUAUGACGGAAGCUUUGCAACUGAUUGAUAAAAUGGUAAACCAAUGCAUCACAUCAAAUAGGUAUCGCUAUAAUGCAGUCAUUAACAGGUUGUGCAAAGAUGAAAAACCAGAAAAGGCUUUGGAAGUAAUUCCAAUAAUGCUUAAGAGGAACGCGUUGCAUGUUGCAAGUUGUAACACUCUUAUUGAUGGUUUUGCUAAACAGACCAAUUUAAAAAAGGCUUAUAUGUUGCAUGAGAAAAUGCAAAAACUUGGGAUUAGUCAUGACAUCAUCACGUGGACAAUUCUUGUGAACAUAUUAUGCAUGACAGGACAAGUGGGAAAAGCCAAUGAACUUCUUAGGGAUAUGCUUAUGAUGGGAUUGAAUCCUGAUACCAUCUCUUACACCUCCAUGAUAGCUGGCUUUUGUAAAAAUGGAUAUGUGAAUGAGGCCUUCGGAUUGUUCAAGAAAAUGCCACAUAUGCCUUCUGUUGUUACUUAUAAUUGCCUCAUUGAUGGAUGUUGCAAGGUACAUAGAGUGGAUAAGGCUUUAAUGUUGUAUUAG